CCAUCGGUUUUCAUUUUAAAAUUUUCCCUCCACAGCUCCAUUUUCGCUUCUCAUUUGUUGAUUGCUAAUAGCAGUUAUCGUCUUCACUUCAGCAUCCACUGGAUAAAGAGCCUUUUCAAUUUUGCGAAGAUUCUGUGACCCCCUUCCUUCAGUGAAGCCUGAUGGCAUCCUUCGAAAUAAAGUCUGGUGCAUUGGUUUCUUUACAAGAUCUGCUCCCAUCGUCUCCUUAUUUUAAGCAAGGAGCUUCGCUCAGAAUAAUUGGAAAGUUACAGGAAUACACUUCAGAGACAGGCCUAGCAAUAAUUAUUGAUGGUAAUUACAUCCUAAAAGUUAAUACUGAGCAUUUGAGGGACCUUGCCUUUCAUGUUGGCUCUGUCUACCAAUUCAUUGGUGAGCUCUUUAUCCAACCUGAUAAUGAGGGAGUUUUGCAGGCCCGUGUUGGUAGAAACGUUGAUGGGAUUGAUCUCAAUCUUUAUCAUCAGUCCUUGCUGCUUUUAAGACAGUUUCAAGCGAAUCAUUUAAAUAAUUCAGCAACUUAACUUAGUGGGAUUAUUUGCAUACUGUAGUCGUCAUACUAGUUUGAAAAUACAUUUUUCUCAUAAUAUAUAUAAAGAUGGAAGGUUGUCCCCCUAAACUCUUUUCAUAGCAAUAUGUUUGUCAUGUAGAGAAACUGAAUGCCUAAGCAUUUUUAUGUGCUUUUCAGAUAAGGAAGUGUUCUGCUCUCUGCAGGGUUCGUCAUGUAAACAGAAUCUUAACAACGUUCAUGAAUGCAUUUUAUUUUAUUCUCUCUCUUUCUUUUGGCUGCAAAUGGGACAUGACGACAUCAAGAGCUGUUAG